GAGGAGGAGGAGGAGGCGGCUGCCUCGGAGGGAAGCUGGGGCCGCACUGGACGGGAAGGAGGCGAGGGAGCCGGACCCACCGAGCGAGGCAGCCAUGGGCAGACGCCCCAGGGCUGGGCAGGCCCGCUUCCUCCUCCUCCUCCUCCUCCUCCUCUUGCUGCUGCUGCUGCUCCCGGCCUCAGCGGAGAAGCUGGGAGAUGGAUGUGGACUGAUGACCAUUUAUCAAGACAGUGGAACUCUGGCAUCCAAGAACUAUCCUGGGACAUACCCCAACCACACCAUCUGUGAGAAGAAAAUUCAGGUGUCUCAGGGAAAACGGCUGAUCCUAAAAAUUGGAGACUUGGAUAUUGAAUCACAAAAAUGUGAAGCUAACUAUCUUAGCAUCCACAGUUCUACUACAGUGCACGGACCAUAUUGUGGAAACGUGCCUGUCCCAGAAGAAAUCAUCUUAGAUUCCAAUGAAGCAACUAUUCACUUUGAGAGCAGGUCCCAUGUGUCUGGAAGGGGCUUUCUGUUGUCCUUUGCUAGCAGUGAUCAUCCAGAUUUAAUCACAUGUUUGGACAGAGCAAACCACUAUGAAGAAAUGGAAUAUAGCAGGUACUGUCCGGCUGGUUGUAGAGAAAUAGCAGGUGAUAUUUCUGGGAAUAUAGUGGAAGGCUACAGAGAUACAUCUUUAUUGUGCAAAUCUGCUAUACAUGCUGGAGUAAUUGCAGACGAACUGGGUGGCCAGAUUAGUGUGGUUCUGAUGAAAGGAACACGAAGAUAUCAAGGAAUCUUGGCCAAUGACAUCCUUUCACAGGAUGGCUCUCUGUCAGAUAAGCGGUUUAUUUUCAGUUCAAAUGGUUGCAAUAAAUCACUGAAUCUAGAUGGUGGAGAAACUUCAAAGAGUCACAUCACUGCAUCCUCAUUUUGGGAGGAAACCAAUGAAAUUGGAGAGGUGAUUCAGUGGUCUUCUGAUAAGGCUUGGCUCAAAGUUCAAGGACCUUCCUGGGCAGCAAAUCAGAGCAACUAUCGCCAGUGGCUGGAAAUUGACUUGGGGGAGAGAACAAGAAUAACAGGAAUUAGAACUACGGGAUCCACUAUGCUGAGUUUUAACUAUUAUGUUAAGACAUUUAUUGUGAACUAUAAAAAUAACAACUCAAAAUGGAGGGCUUACAAAGGAAUCCUAAGCAACGAAGAAAAGGUAUUCAAAGCCAAUUCAAACCAUGGUGAUAUAGUACGGAAUAAUUUCAUUCCCCCCAUAGUAGCUCGAUAUAUAAGGAUUAUUCCACAGAGCUGGCACAAAAGAAUAGCUUUGAAGGUGGAACUUCUUGGUUGCUAUAUUGUUCAAGUGAACAGCUCUAUUAUUCAUCCACUCUGGCAGAGACCAAGUCAAAGUACAGGUGUUUCAGUCAGAAAAGAAGAUAGAACAAUCACAGAACCCUUACCUUCAGGAGAAAACAGCCUAGGGAUGAAGUUGACUGCUAUACUUGUUCCAGUCUCGGUGGUGCUUUUUCUGUUCCUUAUAUGUGGACUUUGUACCUUUGCUGCCCUGCGAAAGAAAGGAAAGAAAGGUAUUGCAUAUGGUUCAUGUGGCACUGAGAAACCAGGUUUCUGGAAACAAAUCAAACAUCCCUUUGUCAGACAUGCAUCUACUGAGUUCACCAUCAGUUAUAAUAAUGAAAAGGAAGUGCCACAAAAGUUAGAUUUGGUCACAAGAGACAUGGCAGAUUAUCAGCAGCCUCUUAUGAUUGGAACUGGGAUGGUAACUCGAAAAGGAUCAACUUUCAGACCGAUGGAUACAGAGGAUGAGAAGAAAGGUAGCUCAGAAACUGGGAACCAUUACCUCUGUCCACAGACCAGUCGCCAUGAUUAUGCACUGCCUCUGACCAGUCAGGAGCCUGAAUAUGCCACUCCUAUUGUAGAGCGACAUAUAGGAAGAGAAAAUGCUGUUCCUUCAGAGAGCUGCUACAACAUUCCCACUGUUUCUUCUGCUCAUAAAUACUCAAUUUCUGCAGACAAUUUCACUGCCUUACGCAAAACUGAUGCUGAGACCGGAGACUAUCAAACACCACAAAGUCAAAAGGAGUAUGAUAAGCCAAAAAAUAAUAUUUUGCCCAUGGUGGACUAUACUACUGGCUAUCAGAAGCCCCAGACUGGUUUAGGAAUAAGGGAGAGCUACUCAACACCUAGACACUACCUAAAACCAAUAAAUCAGACUGCAGUAACAGCUCUCCUGUAAUGAAGAGACAAAAGAGAAACUUGGCUGCCCUAAUGGUCCAGGUACUGGAAAGGACUUAAAUCAGAACUAUGUUUGCUUUUGUACAAGGACUAUCUGGUGGAUAAAAGAAAGUUUUUAAGAAAAGUAAAAGUUUAUCACUCAGCCUUCACAGUGAAGUCUGCAAGAAAUCAGUUCUCUGCAGAUAUUGGUGCUCUAAUGCUGUGCAAUGUGUACAUAUGUUUUUAAUUUAAGAAAAAUAACUUAAACAACUCCUUCAAUUUGUUUUGUUUUGUGUGUCUGCAUGUGGAGGAGGUGUGUCUGGGGAGGGGAGAUGUCCUCUAUUCAGGGAAUGCAUAUUACACCAAACAGUGUCUUUUCCCCAUGUUUCAGUCUAAGGAAUGCCUUUCUUGGAAGUUCUUUCAGUUCAGUAAACAAAGCUACAAGUAGAACUAAAAACAAAAAUAAUGAAUUCUGUAUCCACACAGCACAGAUCUAGAGUUAACAAAUACUGAAUUGUGUCUGAAUUUAUAUAAAUUGAACAGUAGAUUUUCUUUUCAUCUUUGCCUAAUUUAUUACUGCCUGUUAGCCAUGAAAUUGAUAUGGAAUUGAGGCCAACUACUAACUGUAUUCAUUCACCACUUCUGAGAUUUCAACAGACACUGUUAAUACUCUCUCAAAUGUAUCUUUGCAGCCCUAAAGACUGUAAACUUGCUGGGUUUUUGUUUUGGGUUUUUUUUGCGGGGGGGGGUGGAUGAAAGAGGAAAUUAUCAGGAAGCUAGAUUGUGCACCAACUACAAUGGCCUUUUCCCUUCCUGUGCACAUGAAUGCAUGUGUGCAUAGGUAUACACAAUCUUGUCCAUACAGUGGACUUCUGAGUAAAUGAAUUUAGUCUAUUAUUUGUCCUUGUUGAGGUGUAAGCUCUCUCUGCCUCUGUCUGUGAAACAUCCAGCUGGGUCCCCAUAGCCCAAUUCAUGAUGUCAUCCACAGAGAUCUGAGCUCCUCCGAAGGUCUCAAAAGAUUAUGUACAAGGUGUCGGUCAUUACCUUUAAAGCCCUCCAUGGCUUGGGCCCAACCUACUUAAGGGAUCACCUCCUUCCGUACAAUCCGCCCCGUACCCUCAGAUCCUCUGGGAGGAAUUUGUUGCAGUCCACAAAGACCAGAUUGAGUGCGACCUCCCCAAGGACUUUUUCCGCAAUCGCUCCCACUUUAUGGAAUGGCCUGCCGGACGAGAUCCAUCAAACUGCCAACUUGGAGAGC